UCCCAAUACCUUAGAGAGGGGAAAGUGCGUGUUUUUCGUUGCUACUUCCACUAAUGUGCCACCCACAAGAUGACAUCGCAUUCCUAUUAUAAAGAUCGCCUUGGCUUUGAUCCCAAUGAGGUGCAGCAUGAACAGCAGCUGCAGCAGCAGCAGCAGCAUCAUCACAGCACCAACUCGAUGAAGCGCAGCAGUUCGAGGCAAACGCAUCAUCAUCAUCAUACUCAGCAGCAACAACAUUCGCAUCAUCAGAGUUAUCAUCAUGCAGCCACCAGUAGUAGCCAAUCGCCGGCACGAAUCUCUGUUUCUCCUGGUGCCAGCAAUGGGCAUGGCCACGGCUCACUGGAAUACCAUCAGGCCCAGCGUGAGCAACGCGAUCGUGGAGAUCUUUAUGCCACCAACACCAAUCAACAUCACAGCAACAAUCACAGGCAUUCAACCUCGGCGUCGCCUCUAUACGAGACAUCGGCCCCCAAGAAGGCCAAACAUUCGUCAUCGACGCAACCUCAACCGCAGGGCGGCUAUGAGGAUGCAUUGACUCAAUUUAAAGACGAACGCGAUGCCAUUCAAAAGAAGACUUUCACAAAAUGGGUUAACAAACAUCUUAAAAAGGCCAAUCGUCGUGUGGUGGAUUUAUUUGAAGAUUUGCGCGAUGGUCACAAUUUACUUUCACUCUUGGAGGUGCUAUCUGGCGAACACCUGCCACGUGAGAAAGGUAAAAUGCGUUUCCAUAUGCUUCAAAAUGCACAAAUGGCAUUGGAUUUUCUGCGCUAUAAAAAAAUCAAAUUGGUUAAUAUACGCGCCGAGGAUAUUGUUGAUGGCAAUCCCAAAUUAACAUUGGGUUUGAUCUGGACCAUAAUAUUGCAUUUCCAGAUCUCCGAUAUUGUAAUUGGCAAAGAAGACAAUGUAUCCGCUCGCGAGGCUUUGCUGCGCUGGGCCCGCCGCUCGACUGCUCGGUAUCCGGGUGUGCGUGUCAAUGAUUUUACAUCAUCGUGGCGCGAUGGCUUGGCCUUCUCGGCUUUGGUGCAUCGCAAUCGACCGGACUUGCUUGACUGGCGAAAGGCAAGGAACGAUCGACCACGCGAACGCCUCGAGACAGCGUUCCACAUUGUGGAAAAGGAGUAUGGUGUAACACGUCUCUUGGAUCCAGAGGAUGUGGAUACCAAUGAGCCCGAUGAGAAGUCUCUGAUUACAUAUAUCUCGUCGCUGUACGAUGUAUUCCCAGAGCCACCAUCUAUUCAUCCUCUAUUCGAUAUGGAGUCACAACGUCGCGUCCAUGAGUAUCGCGAUUUGGCCCAACAGUUUAUCUAUUGGUGCCGCGAGAAGACCGCCUAUUUGCAGGAGCGCUCUUUCCCACCCACUCUCAUCGAGAUGAAGCGUCUGUUGAGUGAUCUGCAGCGUUUCCGCAGCGAUGAGGUGAGCGCACGCAAGCGUGAAAAAUCCAAGCUUAUACAGAUCUACAAAGAGCUGGAGCGUUACUUUGAAACCGUGGGUGAGGUCGAUGUGGAAGCUGACCUAAGGCCGGAUGCCAUCGAGAAGGCUUGGUAUCGCAUGAAUACAGCCCUCCAAGAUCGUGAGGUUAUAUUGCAGCAAGAGAUUGAGCGAUUGGAGCGUCUGCAACGUUUGGCCGAUAAAGUCCAACGUGAAAUCAAACAUGUGGACCAUAAACUCGACGAACUGGAGAAACGCAUCAGUGAGGAGGGUCGUCGCAUUGAGCGAUUACAUCCCAUGGAUGCCAAGAGCAUUGUCGAAGCUCUCGAAACAGAAAUACGUCAUUUGGAGGAGCCCAUACAGGACAUGAAUCAAGAUUGCCAUGUGCUCAACGAGGGACGAUAUCCUCAUGCUAGUGAACUACACAAGAAGGUCAACAAAUUGCACCAACGCUGGGCUCAAUUGCGCACCAAUUUCCAUACAAAUCUGGUACAGAAACUGUCCGGUUUGAAAUACCCCGUCCAUGAGACAACUGUAACACGUCAAACGCGCAUGGUUGUCGAAUCCCGUCAGAUCGACACGAAUCCCCAUUUCCGUGAUCUGCAAGAGCACAUCGAAUGGUGUCAAAAUAAAUUGAAACAAUUGCUAGCCGCUGACUAUGGCAGUGAUUUGCCAUCGGUCAAGGAUGAACUGGAUCGUCAACAGCAUGAGCACAAGAUUAUUGAUCAGUUCCAUUCCAAAAUACUCAACGAUGAGCGUCAGCAAACGAAAUUCUCUGGCGAUGAAUUGAAUUUGUAUCAGCAGCGUCUCAAUCAAUUGCAAAAGGUCUAUGCCGAGUUGCUAAGCACUUCGACAAAGCGUCUCUCCGAUUUGGAUUCAUUGCAGCAUUUCUUGACCCAAGCCUCGGCUGAAUUGCAGUGGCUGAAUGAGAAGGAACAGGUGGAAAUUACACGUGACUGGGCGGACAAACAACUCGAUUUGCCCUCAGUGCACAGAUACUAUGAGAACCUAAUGUCCGAACUGGAAAAGCGUGAAAUGCACUUUGCCACCAUCUUGGAUCGCGGAGAGGCCUUACUAAAUCAGCAACAUCCUGCGGCCAAAUGCAUUGAAGCCCAUUUGACGGCUCUGCAGCAGCAAUGGGCUUGGCUCUUGCAAUUGACUCUCUGUCUGGAGGUGCAUCUGAAGCAUGCCACAGAAUAUCAUCAGUUCUUUGCCGAGAUCAAGGAUGCCGAACAAUGGCUGGCCAAGCGAGAUGAAAUACUCAAUAGCAAAUUCUCUCAAUCCGAUUUUGGUCUCGAUCAGGGCGAGUCUCUGUUGCGUGGCAUGCAGGAUUUGCGUGAGGAACUCAAUGCCUUCGGCGAGACAGUGUCCACACUUCAGCGCACUGCCCAGACCAUUGUGCCGUUGAAUAAACGACGUCAACCAGUUAAUCGUCAAGGUCCUGUGCAGGCCAUCUGCGCCUACAAACAGCAGGGUCAACUGCAAAUUGAGAAGGGUGAGACUGUGACCCUUUUGGACAAUUCGGGACGCGUUAAAUGGCGUGUACGUACCUCAAAGGGACAAGAGGGUUCUAUACCCGGAGCAUGCCUGCUCUUGCCACCACCCGAUCAGGAGGCUAUCGAAGCAGCUGAACGUCUUAAGCGUCUUUUUGAUCGCUCCGUGGCGUUGUGGCAGAAGAAACAUUUACGUUUGCGUCAGAAUAUGAUCUUUGCCACAAUUCGCGUGGUCAAGGGAUGGGAUUUCGAUCAAUUCCUGGCCAUGGGACCCGAACAGCGUACAGCCAUAAGACGUGCCCUGAACGACGAUGCCGACAAAUUGCUCAGCGAGGGCGAUCCCAAUGAUCCACAAUUGCGACGAUUGCGUCGCGAAAUGGACGAGGUCAAUCGUCUGUUCGAUGAAUUCGAAAAGCGUGCACGAGCCGAAGAGGAAAGCAAACAGGCCAGUCGCAUCUUCACAGAGGAAUGCAUAGCCAUUAAGAGCAAACUGGAGGAUAUGGCACGUGAAUUGGAUCAGAUUAUUUUGGCUCCAUUGCCACGUGACUUGGACUCAUUGGAGCAUGUGCUUGAAAUUCAUUCGGAUUAUGAGCGUAGAUUGCAUUUGUUAGAACCAGAAUUAAAGCAUCUGCAAGAAACCUUCCGCACCAUUGCUCUAAAGACGCCAGUGCUAAAGAAAUCCCUGGAUAAUUUGUUGGAAUUGUGGAAAGAGCUUAAUACCCAGAGCGGUCUGCACAAGGAUCGUCUCAAGCUCUUGGAAGCUUCACUUGCUGGCCUUGAUGAUAAUGAGCAUGUGAUUUCCGAAUUGGAGAAUGAAUUGUCCAAACAUCAGGAUUUACCCUCCACUGCCGAGGGCUUGCAACAGGUGUUUAAACAACUAACACAUAUGCAGGAUAUAAUCACUCAGCAACAGCCACAAAUGGACAAGAUGAAUGAUGCAGCCGAUCAAUUGGGACGCAUGGGUGUGCCCACUAAAGUAUUGGGUGAUCUGAAGCGUCUGCAUUCGAAUGUUGAGCGUCUAAACACGCGUUGGAGUGCGGUCUGCAAUCAGCUGGGUGAAAGAAUGCGAUCAUGCGAGACAGCCAUUGGGCUAAUGAAGAAUCUCCAGUCGAGCGUGCAAGUCGAGGAAUCAUGGGUGGAUGGCACCACAGAACGUUUGUCUGCCAUGCCCACAGCGACUUCAGCUUACGAAUUAGACAAACUGCUUGGAGCUGCAAUCGAACGAAAACCGAAAAUCGAAAAUGUCAACGUGGCUGGAGGACGUCUAAUACGCGAAGCUAAGAUCUACGACAGUAAAUGCCUACGCUUUGUGGAUUGGCUACUUGAGGUACGUCCAUCGUUCUCACCGCCACGUCGUGAUCUACGGCCGGCCGAUAGUGAUCCGGGUGCCACACAGUAUUAUAGUCAACGUUUGGACAAUUUAAAUACGAAAUAUGACAGAUUGCUGGAACAACUGUCACAGAGGCUAAAAACUGCAAUUGAAGUAAAUGGCAGCGAUGGUCUGCAAUAUGCUGAAAGUCUACAGAAACCGCUCAAGACCUUUAGGGUUGACUUUAGUGCGGGCAGCGUGCCAACUGGCGAUGGCAAUGCUGCACGCCAAGAGGAUCUCUAUACUACUACCUACAGCACCACACAAUUUAGCUCAACGAAGACAACGAAAAGCUCAAGUAAGAGCAUUUAUAGUAGCGAUAAUUUGGACGCUGCUAGUCAACAGGAUAAUACAGCAUUACCAACACAUCAGUCACAGAUCCAAUUCAAUGAGAUACGUACUCUCAAGCGAUCCCAACAAUUGGGUGGACCCAAUUCUGUCCUAGAUAUAGCAGGAAUUCGUGAUCCACGCUCAGGACGUAUACUAACAAUAGGUGAAGCGAUUCAGUUACGCAUUUUGGAUGUUCGCACUGGUGAAAUGCUAGUGGGUGAUCGUCGCAUAACUCUUGAAGAGGCAGCCGAACAAGGACUAAUUGAUGCCCAGUUGGCUAGACAACUCUUACAGCCCGGAGCUGGGCGAGAUGCUAGCGGAAGAGAGCUGUCACUAUUGGAGGUGAUCCAGCGCGAGAUUACCGAAGCGGAGACCGGCUAUGAGACAGCCGAGAAGCGCAUUAAGCAAGCAGUAUUCGAAAAGUUCAACAUGUGCGAAGAGAAUGUGAACGAUCUGCUUAAAUGGGUCACAACUGUCGAACAGAAAAUCUCAAGUGUUGGCGGUCCUCGCGAGAAAAUCGAUGAGCUGCGCAACCAAAUCAAUGCUCUUAAGCAAAUCAAGGAUGAAAUCGAAUCCCAACAACGUCCAGUGGCCACUUGUCUUGAGCAAAUUCGUCAAAUUGUGCUUACAGGAGGUGAUGUCUUGUCGGCACCCGAGGUGACAACUCUGGAGAAUUCAGGCCGUGAGCUGCGCUCUCGUGUGGAUCGUGUGAAUGAUCGCACAGUGCGUCUAUUGCGUCGUCUGGAGGCUGGCCGAGAUGAGCUAACGAAACUGCGUAGUGAAUUGGAUGUCUUCUCCGACUGGCUGCAAUUGGCCCGCCGCACCUUGGAGGAUAAGGAGCGUUCAUUGUCGGAUCUGACACGUCUGCCAUCGCAGGCGGACUCCAUUCGGGAAUUUGUCAGCGAUGUAAUUGGUCAUCAGGCAGAUCUACGCUUCAUUACCAUGGCCGCCCAGAAGUUUGUCGACGAAAGCAAAGAAUUCUUGGCUGUUCUGAAUGACUUCCGCACGUCGUUGCCUGAACGUUUGCCUCAUGUAGAGCCUCUUUCAAGUGCAGAGAGUCCCAUACGACAGGAAGUUUCGCUGGUGUCUGCUCAAUACAAGGAUCUGCUAAACCGCGUCAAUGCUCUGCAGGAUCGUGUGUCCGGCCUAGGUGGACGCCAACGUGAAUACCAAGAUGCUCUGGAUAAGGCAAACGACUGGCUGAGAAGUGUUCAACCUCGUGUAUCACGUGUCAUCUCCGAACCCAUUGCCGGCGAUCCCAAGGCUGUGCAAGAUCAGAUGAACGAAGCCAAGGCUCUGCAUAAUGAGAUCUUGUCGAGCGGUCGUUUGGUCGACAAUGCCCAACAAGCUUUGGACAAUCUUCUUCGCAGUCUUGGCGGACAACUCAGCCCCAUGGAGAUCAAUCAAUUGGAAUUGCCUAUUGCUGAUUUGAAGAACAACUAUCAGCAAUUGCUAGACACUUUGGGUGAACACUGCAAGACUCUGGAUAAGACUUUGGUCCAAUCACAGGGCGUACAAGAUGCCCUCGAUAGUCUUGUGAGCUGGGUUAACCAGGCGGAAGAUAAAUACAAGUUAAAUCUGCGUCCCGCAUCACUCAUUAAGGAACGCCUUCAGGAGCAGAUACGCGAGCACAAGGUGCUAUUGGCCGAUCUGCAAUCACAUCAGGCCAGCAUCGAUAGCAUGCAAAUCUCAGCCAAACAUUUGUUGGCUAGUGCCUCCAAUGCUCGUAUUGCCAAGAAGGUAGAAUCCAAUCUCAACGAUGUUACUGGCAAGUUUGAGAAACUCUACGAGAAGGUAACCAAACGUGGUGAAUUCCUGGACGAUGUGUACAACCGCCUGAGCAAAUAUCUCGAUGACAUUAGCACCGUAGAGCAACGCAUGGCUAGUUUGCAAGAGGCUUUGGAUAGCCGUGAGACCAGUUUGCUUUCUACCGAGGAAUUGGCUCGUCGCAUGCAAGAUUUGUCCCGCGAAAAGGAUCAUUUGGCUCCUCUAUUCGAGGACUGCGUACGUAAUGGCAAGGAUCUGAUUAGUUUGCGCGAUGUCACCGAUACGGGAGCUCUACGCGAUCGCAUCAAGGCAUUGGAAUCUCAAUGGCGCAACAUUAACAUCAGCAUCGAUGAGCGCGCCAAACUUUCAAAACAAAAGGCCGAACAGCAAUUGGCCUACGAAGGUCUUAAAGAUCAGGUCCUGUCGUGGUUGGCCAGUACGGAGGCACGUGUCAAUGGUCUGGCUCCUGUUGCUAUUGAUUUGGAUAAGAUCCGGCAACAACAUGAUGAACUUAAACCCAUCUGCAAGGAUUACCGUGAUUAUGCUCCGACCAUUGAUAAGAUCAACGAUAUUGGCUCUCAAUACGAUGCCUUGAUCAGGCCAGAAAGCCCCGCACGUAAGCGUUCCACCUACAGCCCCAUUAAGAGGACCAGCCCGCUGCGACGUAUGUCCGGAGACGCCAGAAGCCCUAGCCCCACCAAGGGAGGCAUUCUGUCGCCACUAUCGACUGGUUCCAGUGGAUUUGGUAGCCGCAGAUCGUCUCAGGAUGGCUUCCAGUUGUCUGAGUUGUCUCCGGUGCAACAGCAGUUGAGUGAAAUCAAUAACCGUUAUGGUUUAAUUGGUGUUCGUCUCAAUGAUCGUCAAAAUGAAUUGGAUAACCUGAGUGAAGAGUUGCGCAAACAAUAUGAAAAUCUUAAAGGUUUAGCCCAAUUCCUGGAUCGCAUUCAGCGCCAGGUGCCCAAGGAAUCUGUCUCGAACAAGGAUGAGGCCGAACGUUGCAUCAAACAGGCCCGUAAGAUUCUCGAGGAUAUGUACGAGAAGCAGAGCUUGCUCGAUACCACUAAGGCUCAAAUCAAAGAGAUUUUGCGUCGCAAGUCUGAUGUUCCCGGAGCCGAACAAUUGCGCUUGGAGAACGAAAACAUCCAAGAGAAAUGGAAGAAUCUCAAUGACAUUUGCAAGAACCGCAUUGCCUUCUCUGAGAAGCUACGCGACUUCCUCGAUACCCAUGGCAAUUUGAAGAGCUGGCUGGAUAGCAAGGAGCGUAUGCUUACGGUUCUGGGACCAAUUUCAUCGGAUCCUCGCAUGGUUCAAAGUCAAGUCCAGCAAGUGCAAGUGUUGCGCGAAGAGUUCCGCACCCAGCAACCCCAGCUGAAACAUUUCCAGGAAUUGGGACACGAUGUUGUCGACCAUUUGGCCGGCACACCCGAUGCCCAGGCUGUGGAAACGAAGCUAAAGGAUGUGCUUAGCAAGUGGGAAGAUCUGGUUGGCAAGCUAGAUGAUCGUGCUAAUAGUUUGGGUGGCGCUGCCGAUAGCUCCAAGGAGUUUGAUGCGGCUGUCAAUCGUCUACGCGAAGCUUUGCAAAACAUAAGCGACAAUCUGGAUACUCUACCGUUGGACGGCGAUCAUCAAGAGAAUUUGCGCAAGAUCGAAAACUUGGAGCGCCAAUUGGAAGGUCAACGUCCCCUGCUUGCCGAUGUGGAACAAUCAGCGGCUACUCUGUGCAAUAUUUUGGGUGAUCCAGCAUCGCGUGCCGAUGUGAACUCACGUGUGGCUGCCCUGGAGAAACAAUAUCUGGCUCUGCAAAAGAAACUCGAUACCAAGAAGGCCGAGACAGAAGCCUCAUUGCGUGAUGGUCGCCACUUCGCCGAGAACUGCUCCAAGACUUUGGGUUGGCUGUCGGGCGAGUUAUCCAACUUGACCGAUCGUCUGCUCGUCUCCGCACAUAAACCCACUCUACAACAUCAAAUCGAUACACACGAACCCAUCUACCGUGAAGUAAUGGCCCGCGAGCAUGAAAUUAUUAUGCUUAUUAACAAGGGCAAGGAUUUGUCUGACCGCCAACAAGAUCGUGGAGUUAAGCGUGAUCUUGAUCGUAUUCAGCAACAAUGGGAUAAACUGCGUCGUGAAGCUGUCGAUAGACACACUCGUCUGCAAACUUGCUUGGAACAUUGUAAGAAAUACUCGCAAACCUCUGAGACUUUCCUCGCAUGGUUGCGAACGGCCGAAGAUAAAUUGGCCGACCUUACUCCCGGUGUUUUAUCGAAAUCGAAACUAGAGACACGUCUACGUGAUCUGCAGACUUUCCGCAGUGAAGUGUGGAAACACUCUGGUGAAUUUGAGAACACCAAGGGUCUGGGUGAAACAUUCUUGACUAGUUGCGAUAUUGACAAGGAACCAAUCAAGGCCGAACUCCAGGAUAUACGCGAUCGUUGGGAACGACUCAAUAACGAUCUAAUUGCCCGUGCCCAUGAAAUUGAGAAUUGCUCGCGUCGUCUGGGCGAUUUCAAUGAUGAGUUGCGUAAUCUGGAUCACUCUCUUGGUCGUUGCGAGGAUCGUUUAGCUGCCCACGAUGCUUUGGGUGGAGCUGCGAAGGAUCCCAAACUGCUGGAACGUGUCAAGGCCAUACGCGAAGAGCUUACUAAUUUGAGUAAGCCACUGCAAUCGCUCAAGGCUUUAGCCAAGGAUAUUAGUGCUGAAGCUCGUGCAGCUGGCGGGGACGCCGAUCAUUUGACCAACGAAGUUGAUGGUCUAGCUGAUCGCAUGUCUGAGUUACAAGGACGCCUUGAUGAUCGUUGCGGUGAAUUGCAAUCAGCUGCCACAGCCGUUUCGCAAUUUAACGAACAAAUGAAGAGUCUUGGCAUCGAUCUUAACGAUUUGGAGACGGAAAUUGAGAAGCUAUCACCACCUGGACGGGAAAUCAAGAUUGUGCAACAGCAAUUGGAUGACAAUGGCAAGCUGCAAAAUAAAUUGGAUCGCUUGGUCGGUCGUCUAGAAGAUGCAGAGCGUGCUGCCGAUGUCUUAGUUGAUGCAGGAUUUGCUGCCGAUACCACGCAGACACGUGAACAGAUUUCCACCCUGCGAAAGACUCUGGGACGCCUGGAUAAUAGAGUUCGAGAUCAUGAGGAAAGUUUGCAGAACACUCUUAAGAACCUACGGGAGUUCUAUGACAUCCAAUCGCAGACCUUGGAUGACAUUCAAGAUGUCAGCGAUGAAUUCAAGCGUCUAAAACCAGUCGGCUCAGAAUUGGAUCAGAUACGCCGCCAACAAGAAGACUUCCGUAACUUCAGGGAGCGCAAGGUUGAACCUUUGGCCGUCAAUGUUGACAAGGUUAAUGUUGCCGGACGUGAUCUGGUACGAUCAGCCGCAACUGGUGUAUCCACCAACGUUAUUGAGAAGGAUCUAGAGAAAUUGAAUGACCGCUGGAAUGAUCUUAAGGAACGCAUGAACGAACGCGAUCGUCGCCUUGAUGUGGCUCUUCUGCAAUCGGGCAAAUUCCAAGAAGCCCUUGCUGGUCUCUCCAAAUGGCUAAGUGACACUGAGGAAAUGGUUGCCAAUCAAAAACCACCAAGCUCUGAUUACAAGGUCGUGAAAGCUCAAUUGCAAGAGCAGAAAUUCCUUAAGAAAAUGUUGCUUGACCGUCAGAAUUCCAUGGGAUCACUGGCCAAUCUCGGCAAGGAAGUGGCCAAUCAUUGCGAACCAGCUGAACGUGCUUCGAUUGAGAAACAGCUAAACGAUUUAAUGAAGCGUUUUGAUGCUUUGACUGAUGGCGCUGAACAGCGUGAACAGGAUCUGGAGGAAGCUAUGGAAGUGGCCAAGCGUUUCCAUGACAAGAUUAGUCCAUUAGAGUUGUGGCUAGACAAUGCCGAGCGCUCGGUGAAGGCCAUGGAAUUGAUUCCAACAGAUGAGGAAAAAAUCCAGCAACGUAUUCGCGAACACGACAAUCUGCACGACGAAAUCUUGGGUAAGAAGCCCGACUUUACAGACUUGGCCGAUGUUGCUGCUCAGCUAAUGCAUUUGGUCAGCGAUGAAGAGGCUGUCAAUCUGGGAGAAAAGGUACGCGGUGUCACCGAACGUUAUACCAAUCUGGUAGAUGCUAGCGAUAACAUUGGAGCACUACUCUCUGAGUCCCGUCAGGGUCUGCGUCACUUGGUUCUUAGCUAUCAAGAUCUGGUUGCCUGGAUGGAGAGCAUAGAGAAUGAGAUGAAACGCUUUAAAUCCGUUCCAGUAUACACUGAGAAACUGCUCGAACAAUUGGACGAUCUGUUGGAAUUGAAUCAAGAUGUCGCCGAUCAUGCCGCAAAUGUGGAAUCAACCGUAGAAUCUGGUGCCGAACUGAUGAAGCACAUUUCCAACGAUGAGGCCAUUCAAUUGAAGGAUAAGUUAGAUUCACUACAACGCCGUUAUGGAGAUUUGACUAACCGCGGCAUUGAGCUGAUCAAUAGCCUCCACAAAGCGCAACCUCUUGUCCAACAAUUCCAUGAGGCCCACAACCGUCUGGUCGAAUGGAUGCAAAGUGCCGAAACUGCAUUGGCACCAAGUGAGCCCCGUCAAGCAGAUGUGCUUCGUUUGGAGGGUGAACUUGCUGAAAUUCGUCCCGUUUUGGAUACCAUCAAUUUGAUUGGACCACAGCUAUGCCAAUUGUCGCCCGGAGAAGGUGCUGCCACCAUCGAGAGCAUUGUGACACGUGACAAUCGUCGUUUUGAUGCCAUUGUCGAGCAGAUACAACGCAAGGCCGAACGUCUUCAUUUGAGCAACCAGCGUGCCAAGGAAGUAACUGGAGAUAUUGAUGAAUUGCUUGAAUGGUUCCGCGAAAUGGAUACCACUUUGCGUGAAGCGGACCUUCCUGCUAUCGAUCCCAAACUGGUGCGUGCACAAUUGCAGGAGCAUCGUUCGAUAAACGACGACAUCUCCAGCCAGAAGGGUAGAGUGCGCGAUGUAACCGCUGCUUCCAAGAAGGUUCUACGUGAGUCGCCACAGAGUGAGAAUACUGCCACGUUGCGUGAGAAGUUGGAUGAUCUCAAGGAGAUUGUCGAUACCGUGGCUCAAUUGUGCAGCGAACGUUUGGGCAUUUUGGAACAGGCUCUACCUCUUUCUGAACACUUUGCCGAUUCGCAUCAAGGCUUGACAACCUGGCUAGAUGACAUGGAACAACAGAUUUCGCGUUUGAGCAUGCCUGCUCUACGUCCCGAUCAAAUAACUCUGCAACAGGAUAAGAAUGAACGUCUACUGCAAUCCAUUGCCGAGCAUAAGCCACUCCUGGACAAGCUCAACAAGACCGGAGAGGCUUUGGGUGCUUUAGUGGCUGAAGAGGAUAGUGCAAAGAUUAACGAGAUUCUCGAUACGGAUAAUGCUCGCUACGCUGCACUCCGCUUGGAGUUGCGCGAACGUCAACAAGCCUUGGAGAGUGCUCUCCAGGAGUCAAGUCAAUUCUCUGACAAGCUGGAAGGAAUGUUGCGUGCUCUGGCAAAUACCGUCGACCAGGUGAAUCAAUUGGAUCCACUUUCCGCUCUGCCCCAGAAGAUUCGCGAACAAAUCGAGGAUAACGAUGCCUUGAUGGAUGAUCUGGAUAAGCGACAGGAUGCAUUCAGUGCUGUGCAACGUGCAGCCAAUGAUGUUAUUGCCAAGGCUGGUAAUAAAUCAGAUCCCGCAGUACGUGAUAUCAAGGCUAAGCUGGAGAAGCUUAACAAUCUGUGGAAUGAUGUACAGAAGGCCACCAAGAAACGCGGUGGUUCAUUGGAAGAUAUUCUGCGCGUGGCCGAACCCUUCUGGAAGCAAUUGAAUAGCGUAAUGAAGACACUAAAGGAUCUGGAGGAGACACUCUCGUGCCAAGAGCCGCCAGCAGCUCAACCACAAGACAUCAAGAAACAACAGGUUGCUCUGCAAGAAAUCCGUCAUGAGAUCGAUCAGACAAAGCCCGAAGUUGAGCAAGUGCGUCGCCAUGGCAGCAAUCUGAUGAAUAUGUGCGGCGAACCCGAUAAACCAGAGGUUAAGAAGCACAUUGAAGAUCUGGACAAUGCGUGGGAUAACAUUACCGCAUUGUAUGCCAAGCGUGAAGAGAAUCUCAUCGAUGCCAUGGAGAAGGCUAUGGAAUUCCAUGAGACAUUGCAAAAUCUGCUCAAGUUCUUGACCAAGGCAGAGGAUAAAUUUGCCCAUUUGGGACCCGUUGGCUCGGACAUUGAUGCCGUCAAGCGACAGAUUGAACAACUCAAGUCUUUCAAGGAUGAAGUCGAUCCGCAUAUGGUUGAAGUAGAAGCAUUAAACAGAGGUCUAGAAAGACAAGCUGUGGAAUUAACGGAACGCACUUCACCCGAGCAAGCGGCAUCGAUCAGGGAACCUCUUUCGGUGGUGAAUCGCCGUUGGGAUUCCUUGCUUCGUGGCAUGGUAGAUCGCCAAAAGCAAUUGGAACAUGCUCUGCUUCAUUUGGGACAGUUCCAACAUGCUUUGAACGAGUUGCUCGUUUGGAUCAACAAGACAGAUGGCACCUUAGAUCAACUGAAACCCAUUCCUGGAGAUCCACAAUUGCUUGAAGUUGAGCUAGCCAAACUGAAAGUUUUGGCCAAUGACAUUCAGGCUCAUCAGAACUCGGUGGAUACACUCAAUGAUGCCGGUCGGCAAUUGAUUGAAACGGAGAAGGGUUCGUUAGAGGCUUCCACCACUCAGGAGAAGUUGCGCAAGCUGAACAAUGAAUGGAAACAGUUGCUCCAGAAGGCCAGCGAUCGUCAACAUGAAUUGGAAGAAGCUUUACGCGAAGCCCAGGGCUAUAUUGCCGAAGUCCAGGAUAUUCUCGGUUGGUUGGGCGAUGUUGAUGCUGUGAUUGGAGCCAGUAAACCAGUGGGAGGUCUACCAGAGACUGCCACCGAACAACUGGAACGCUUCAUGGAAGUAUACAAUGAGCUCGAGGAAAAUAGACCAAAGGUCGAGACUAUUCAAGCCCAGGGGCAAGAGUACAUUAAGCGUCAAAACCAAAUGAAGGUAUCGUCCAGCAAUCUGCAGCAUACUCUGCGGACAUUGAAGCAACGCUGGGAUGCUGUUGUAUCCAGGGCGUCGGACAAAAAGAUCAAGUUAGAGAUUGCCCUGAAAGAAGCCACUGAAUUCCAUGAAACAUUGCAAGCCUUUGUCGAAUGGUUGACACAGGCUGAAAAACAGCUUUCGAAUGCCGAACCAGUAUCGCGUGUUCUAGAGACAAUCCAGGCCCAGAUGGAAGAGCACAAGGUGUUGCAAAAGGAUGUUAGCACACACCGCGAAGCCAUGUUGUUGCUAGACAAGAAGGGCACACAUCUAAAAUACUUUAGCCAGAAACAAGAUGUGAUUCUGAUUAAGAAUCUGCUCGUCUCGGUGCAGCAUCGCUGGGAACGUGUUGUCAGCAAGGCGGCAGAGCGCACUAGAGCUCUGGAUCAUGGCUACAAAGAGGCUCGUGAAUUCAAUGAUGCCUGGAGUGGCAUGAUGCAGUAUCUGCAGGAGACUGAACAGGUGCUGGAUCAAAUCAUUGAGGAGGCCACUGCAUCCAAGGAACCGCAAAAGAUCAAGAAGUAUAUUGGCAAACUGAAGGAGACUCACCGUCAAUUGGGAGCCAAGCAGAGCGUCUAUGAUGGCACCAUGCGCACUGGCAAGAACCUCAUGGAGCGGGCUCCGAAGGGUGACCGCCCUGUGCUGGACAAGAUGCUGCUGGAACUCAAAGAGCAAUGGACACGUGUCUGGUCCAAGAGUAUUGAACGUCAACGCAAACUGGAGGAGGCCUUGUUGCUUUCCGGACAGUUUAGUGAUGCCUUGGGUGAGCUUUUCGACUGGCUAAAGAAGGCCAAGGGUCGUCUGAAUGAGAAUGGACCUGUCCAUGGUGAUCUGGAGACAGUGCAAGGUCUGUGCGAGCAUCAUAAGCAUAUCGAACAAGAUCUGCAGAAGCGGGCUGGCCAAAUGCAAGGAGUCCUUAAGACCGGGCGUGACCUAGAGCGAUCUGGAAAUAAUCCCGAAGUGGGUCGUCAGCUCGAUGAGUUGCAAUCUAUUUGGGAGGAAGUCAAGAGUGCUGUAGCCAAGCGUGGAGAUCGCCUCCAAGUGGCUCUCGUUGAUGCUGAGAAGUUGAAUGCCCGUGUCCAAGCUCUCUUCGAUUGGUUGGAUCAUGCCGAGCAUAAAUUGCGCUACGCCAAGAAUGCCCCCGACGAUGAGAAGGUAUCGCGUGAAAUGAUGGACAUUCACAUGGAAUUCAUGAAGGAUUUGCGUAUACGUGAACGCGAAAAGACCGAGACAUUCGACUAUGCCGAAGAGAUUAUCAACAAGGCCUAUCCCGAUGCCAUUCCCAUUAUCAAGAACUGGCUAUCCAUUAUCCAGCAACGCUGGGAGGAAGUACGCCAAUGGGCCAUCAAUCGCGAAUCCAAGUUGGAGCAGCAUUUGCAAUCCCUCAAGGAUCUUGAUGACACCAUUGAGGAGCUGUUAGCCUGGCUGAGCGGUCUAGAGGGUACCCUGUUGAAUCUGAAGCACGAACAACUGCCGGAUGAGAUUCCACCAGUGGAGAAACUCAUUGAAGAUCACAAAGAGUUUAUGGAGAAUACGGCACGUCGCCAGAAUGAAGUGGAUCGUGCUUGCAAGCCACGGCAAUUACCGCCAGGUGCUCGCAAACCCUCACGUAGCGGCAAGACGCCAGUUCGUGGCUCCAGUCACGAUCUGCGUGAACAGUCGCCCGAUGGCACAUUGAGACGUCAAAGCUUCAAGGGUUCUCGUGAUCAAGGACUUAAUGCACGCAAGGGCAGUCGUGUCACGCCCACACGUGAUACACCCGACAGAGAUCGCCUGCCUCACUAUGGCCCACGAUUCUCGCCAAGCUCAACUGGACCUGAUCCUGAAUUCCGUUCGCCACGUGCCAAACUUCUGUGGAACAAGUGGCGUGAUGUAUGGAUGCUUUCUUGGGAACGUCAACGACUUUUGCAUGAGCAUCUUAUGUAUCUGAAGGAUGUAGAGCGUGCCCGCAACUUUAGCUGGGAUGAUUGGCGCAAGAGGUUCCUUAAGUACAUGAACCACAAGAAGUCACGUCUAACUGAUCUGUUCCGUAAAAUGGACAAGGAUAACAAUGGCAUGAUACCACGCGAUGUUUUCAUCGAUGGCAUACUCAAUACUAAAUUCGAUACUUCUGGCUUGGAAAUGAAGGCUGUGGCCGAUCUAUUUGAUCGCAAUGGUGAAGGUCUUAUCGAUUGGCAGGAAUUCAUUGCCGCUUUGCGUCCAGAUUGGCAAGAGCGUAAGCCAGCUACCGAUAAUGACAAGAUACACGAUGAAGUCAAGCGUUUGGUUAUGCUUUGCACAUGUCGACAAAAGUUCCGUGUAUUCCAAGUGGGCGAGGGCAAAUACAGAUUUGGCGAUUCACAAAAAUUACGCCUGGUUCGUAUCCUGCGCAGCACUGUUAUGGUGCGUGUGGGUGGCGGUUGGGUUGCCCUCGAUGAAUUCCUGCAAAAGAAUGAUCCUUGUCGCGCCAAGGGACGCACUAACAUUGAGCUACGCGAGCAAUUCAUAUUGGCCGAUGGCGUAUCGCAGAGCAUGGCCGCAUUUACGUCCAAGCGGGGUUCAUCCGCAGCUACGGCGGCAUCCUCACCCAAUUCUGGCCAAAAUGGCGGCAGCGGCAACUUGCCGCCAUAUAUGAGUGGACAGGGUCCCAUCAUAAAGGUACGCGAGCGAUCUGUACGCUCUAUACCCAUGUCGAGACCAUCCCGCUCAUCGCUAUCAGCUAGCACACCCGACUCUCUAAGCGAUAAUGAGGGCAGCCAUGGUGGUCCCUCGGGUCGUUAUACACCGCGCAAGGUCACCUACACGAGCACGCGCACAGGUCUCACGCCAGGAGGCUCACGUGCCGGCUCUAAGCCAAACUCACGCCCGCUUAGCAGACAAGGAUCGAAGCCGCCAUCGCGACAUGGUUCAACUCUGUCACUAGAUAGUACAGAUGAUCACACACCCUCACGCAUUCCGCAACGUAAACCCUCGAUAACAAGCACAGCGAGUGGUACAACACCGCGUCCAGCGCGUCUCUCAGUGACAACAUCAACCACGCCGGGCAGUCGUUUAAAUGGCGGCACUAGCACCAUAACCCGCAAAACUGCCUCCGGUUCGGCUAGCCCAGCACCCACCAGCCAAAAACCAUCACGGAUUCCGGUUAAGAUAAACUCCUCAUUUGAUUCCAAGUCAACAUCGCCCACCAGCUCGACUGCGAAUCCAAACAGCUUGGGGCGAAACAUUAGCGGAAGUUCAACACCUUCGGGAAUGCAGACACCACGCAAAAGCUCAGCCGAGCCCACAUUUAGCUCGACCAUGAGACGCACAUCGCGUGGCACUACGCCCACAGAGAAGCGUGAACCCUUCCGUCUAUAAAUGGAGGCCCACACACACAGACAGAGAAUGUUGCCAAUUGUCAAAAAAAAACAUAACUAACCACUGCACUGAAAUUUCCCUUUCCCAAACAUUGACAACGAAUGUUAAGAGAGAGAAACAUAAAGAAACAGCACCCAGUUUUCUAUAUACAAAGAAAGUGCCCAACAAUAUAUAUAAUCAAUAUAUAUUUUGAUAACACAAAAACAAAAAGAAAAGAAAAGACAAACAAAAAGCUGAACAGAAAAUUUGAAUGAAAGCAAGCAAGCAACCAACCUACUUACGAGUACUACUAAAUACUAAUAACACUUUUGCUACUACUAAUUUGUAAUGCCUACUACAAAAAAAACUACCUUUAUUUCUACUAGUAAUUAUACACACAUAUAUAUUUAUAUAUAUAUAUAUAUUUUCCAAAAUUUAUCAUUUGUAUAUACUUAUAAACAAAUUGAAACCUAAAUUAAUGCAAAAUACACUCCAAGUGCUUUAAGGCAACAAGAAAAUUAUAUAAAAAAAAACACAUAUAUAGGAAAGAAAGAAAGAAAGAAGAAAAAAAAAUAACAUUCGAAUUAAAGAACGUUUGUUAUUCUGUCAGUCUAUAGCUAUUCCUUGGUUCAUUAAGUGAUUUAACAAAAUCGCCAGUUUGUUAAACCACUUGAUCUCUGGGGAAUCUAUAACUAUGUCAGAAUUUCGGCGUACCAAAAAAAAAAAACAACCCAAAAA